GCUCUAUAUUACUCGCGUCUGGCCUGACCUGGCAGACAUUAACUGAUGCCUGAGCUACGCUGUCAUCCGGUGAACGAGUUGCUGUUUGUCGUAGCUCAAAAUUUUGUUCCGUUUGUUGACCAGGCGGAGGGAGGGGGACGGUUCCUCCCCUUCGACAGCGUAGUCGUCAGUGCAAAACGUCUACGCCCAGCUGACUGGAUGUCUGACGAUCCACAAAACGAAAACACAAAAAUGAGGGAGGGGAUCGACAGACAUUCAAGUGUCAUAAACUUCAGGCAAGUUUGAAAUGAGUCCAUUUAGUUACAGCUGUUGUACCGGCCUGUUCUCUUGUUAGCUAGUUCUGCAUGGGGAACCGCCAAGAAUAAGUGAGUUGUAACACCAUGGAGCGGUUAAAAACUUUUGAGCGGAAGAUCGAUGCAGAGAGUUGUUGAAGCGAACUGCCCAUGCGUGUCCUUUUAGAGGCUGUGGGUCUCUCUCGCUUUGAAAUUCAGAGGACAAACACCAACGUGGGGUAACUUCGUUCAAGCUGGGAUUCGUUGGAGAAGAGCCGUGUUUUCUGGAGUCAAAGACGUUUUUGGAAUGUCGCAAGUCUCGUAUCAUUUUUAUUGCUACUGCAAUACGUUUAUAACCAGCGUUGUCGCUUGAACCGGAAGUGACUGAUAUGAACAUUAUGCUAGAGGUCUGAGCAUUGUUUAUACGUAUGUACAAGAACUUCAUAUUUUUAGAAGGUACCUUUCACAAACGACGCGAUUCGGUCGAAUAAUAUUAAGACAUUUGCUGUGAGAGGAUUCAGUCGAUUAGACAAGUCUUUUUAUGGAAUGAAUUUCACUGAUUAAAACUGCUUCACUAUUGUUACUGAAGCACUCCUACGCCUAAAAUUAGGACAACCAAGAAUUUCAGGUAAAAUCCUUGAAACGCACUGCGAAAAAUAUAAGGCUAAACUGCUUGCAUGUAUCUCAAAUCAGACGUGGCUGACUUGUGGUACGUGCCCAUGUGGAAGAGCACGACCAGACAAUGAUGUGGACAAACCUUUUCAGAUUCUUUUGAUAUGGGAAUACUGACUGGAUCAUUUCAGCGACUACCGAGAACACUAAGAUAUCGUUAACGGCUGAGAUGUCUCUCUCCUUAGAAAAGCGUCUUCACGUCCAGCGUCAGAGACCUCACCAAAGACCCUGGACAGCCCCGUCAAUUCUUCUUUGUGGAAAAGCUGACUUGAAGCGACAGGCAGCCUCGCCCAGACCUCAGACGGCGGAGGGCCGCAGGGUAGGGCGAGCGGGAUUCCAUGGAGAUGAGACGGAGGGGACCAGGAGGCGGCACGAGGAGAUUGUCAGGAAAAUUCUGGAAGAGUUCGAUCUCGAGGCUACCAAAAAGAAGUACCGCUCGUUCGACGCCGUGGAAAUGCAAAUCACCGGCAGCAGCUCUGCUGAAUACCGCUUUCGCCAAGAGCUGAUGAGGCUAAUGGGAACAGAAACGAUUCGGCUAAACGAUCGCGAAUGGAACAGGAAAUAUCACGAACGUUUGCGGCAGGACUACGAGAGGGCGCUGAUUGAGAAGGAGCGCCAGCUGGCUGAAAAGGAGCGAGAAAGGAUACACCGACUAAGGAUGGAAGGGAUAGUGCUUGACAAGGCGUCAGCUGCCGAUCGUGAGAAGAAGAAAAUGAAGACGCUGAAAAGCCAACGACAGCUCACCUUCUCAUUCCCUGUGGACCGGAAGUGCUCCAGCGACCGGCCAAGCGAACAAGCCCAUACAGAGGCUCAGACCCAAGUGCCUUCUGUGAAGGUCGUGGACGAAGGGGAACGCACGUGUAAACCACUAACUGCGAAAAAAAAAGGACAGAAGAAGGAGCGUCCGAAGCAAGGACCCAAGGUAACAAAAGAAGCCAGUCGUGCAACUUCGUACGUUCCUAAGAUGCUCACUCCAGCGGAUCUUACCAACCUUCUUGCCUCCACGAGGGCAGAGCUAAAUCCAGGGGCGAGUAAAAUGGGUGAACCGGUGUCUCAGGAGACGAUUUUUCUGAGUAGGGAAGAACACAAGAUGCAGUCUAGGGAGCUGAUGAGGCAGAAGCGUGCCAAACAAGGGUUGACCAGGAUCGUUCUCCCGGAGAUAGCGGAACUGUAUCAGGAGGAGACUAUAGCGGGCCUGUACGCCAUCGCGAAACAGAUCGUGUGCGUCUUCCAUCAGCCACCGUAGUCGAAUUAAAGUAGUUGUCGGGACUGGAACACCAACGAGAUCGUUUGGGGGCUAGUGUAGAUUCAAACCUCUGCUGUCACCGUGUAAUUGGAUCCCGUUUUGCCUGUUUGACAGUCUGCUUUCUCUUGUCUGUGCUUCAGUCUUGAGUCGGUCGGUCUGUCGAGCUGCAGGAAUAUGCUUUGGAUUGUUUCCAUCAUCUUUUCGAUGCUUUUGCCAGUGUGUAUAAUAAUAAUUAAAAAAAAGACAAACAAA